AUGUCGCCCGACCUGAAUCCCAUCGAGCACGUCUGGGAUGUGCUGGGAAAACGCCUGCGCACUCUCAGGACCCCUCCACAGACUUUGCAGGAACUUGGUGCCUCAUUAGUGGAACAGUGGCGCCGGUACUUCACCUGUCCCAACUACUUCCGGUGUGACGGCGUCUGUAUUCGGCUACAAGACGUCUGUGACGGCACUCGACACUGCGCUGACGGCCAGGAUGAGCUGUACUGUGACCAGGACGAGUUCUGUCCGCCGGGCUGUACGUGUACGGGCAGGGUCGUACAGUGCACGGAUUCCAGCAGAUACAACAGGAGCUGGACCAACUUCCACCCAGACACGAGAGCCUUGGACCUAAGCCACGUGUUCCUGGGGGCAGUCACAGAAUACUACGUCUCGAAUAUCUCAAUGGAGUUGAGCUGGUUGGCCCAUCUCAAUUUGUCAGCCACAAAUCAGACGUCUGUUCCAGUGAAUCUCAAACUUCCUAAUUUGUACUUUUUAGAUCUCAGCUUCAAUAACAUAACAGUUUUGAGAACUGGUGUUUUCAAAUUCUUACCUAACCUGAGAUUUCUAAACCUCACAAACAACUUAAAAUUGAGUCAUAUCGAACAGCGGGCAUUUUUAGGACUUGAUAAACUGGAAUUUCUUGAUUUAUCUCACACCGUUUUGGGAACAUUGGAAAGUCUUGUAUUCCAGCCAUUAGUGAUGCUGCAGUUUUUGAAUAUUUCAAAUUGUUACUUGGAUGUAAUGGAAAAGAAAUCAUUCAGUGGUCUUAACAAACUGUUAUACCUGGACAUCAGAGAUAAUAACAUUAGAACGUUUUAUAGCGGUCAAUUUAGAGAUCUUAUUGAAAUCCACGUGGUUUAUGCUUCAUCUCAGACGUUUUGUUGUGGUGCAUUCUGGAAAGGAAUAUUACUCGACCGCGAUGAAUGCAUAGCACCAGAAGACUCCAUUUCGUCGUGUGAAGAUCUUUUACAAAAGAAUUCCUUCAGAGUUCUUCUCUGGGUGUUUAGCAUCAUGGCUUUAACUGGGAAUGCCACAGUAAUUAUUUUCAGAAUAUGUUUUGACAGUUCAUCAAUAGGACGGACGUUUGGAGUCUUUGUCACCAAUUUAGCCUUCACAGACUUCUGCAUGGGUAUUUACAUGUUAAUCAUCUGCGUGGCAGACACAACCUACCGAGACACGUAUCUGUUUUACGAAUGGAGAUGGAGAAACAGCUCCUUCUGUAAGCUGGCUGGUUUCCUCUCCACGGUGUCCUCUUUGGGGUCGAGUAUCUUCGUGUGCCUCAUAACACUGGACCGAUUCCUGGUCGUUCGUUUUCCCCUGGGUCAAGUACGAUUCCGUCCUAAAUGUACAAUGAUCGUGUCGGUUGUUGUCUGGGCUGCUAUGAUAGCAACAGUGAUGGUCCCGCUCACCCCUCCAAUGGAUCAGUGGAACCUGUUUGGUCAAAAUGGCGUCUGCCUGGCCCUGCCCCUUUCGAGUGAACGGCUUCCUGGUUGGUUGUUUUCCACGUCACUCUUCAUCGGGUUCAACUUCGUGGCGUUCCUCUUCACCGCCAUCGGUCAGAUCGCGAUCUACAAGACGAUGACGAACAUGUCGCUCAUUCAGAGCAAGAAGAGAUCUGACCAGGAUAUGAAGGUCGCCAGGAAACUGUCGCUGAUCGUCCUCACAAACUUCAGCUGCUGGUUUCCUAUCUGUGUCAUGGGACUAGCUGCUAUGAAUGGUGUGGAUAUUGGAGGAGAUAUCUACGCCUGGGUCGCAGUGUUCGUUCUUCCCGUAAAUUCCGCCAUAAACCCGUUUAUCUACACAAUUCCUUCCUUGUUCCACAAAAAGGCAAAGAAGGAGCCAGCAACAGCUCUCCACCUUUCAACAUACCUCCCCACAGUGAGUGAGACAGUGAGCGACCAUCUUGUCUACGCGGGUGACCCCGACCCGGGCAUGAAGCCGAUGCGAGAUCUCAUGCGAAACGGGAUGUUGUCGCCCAAUCACGUGCAGUGGGUGUGUGGCAACGUCAUGUCCGCUCUACCCUCAUUGGACGUCGACACCGAUCAGCACCGACCAAUCAAACUCUUUGUCAAGAUGACGGGCAAUGUGCCCUCUCGUAUUUGUAUUACAUUUGACAAAGAUGGAAAAGAAUGCUACGAAAACGCGAUAGAGCGUGGCCUGGGAACAAUACUGAACAAGUUGGCGUUUUAUUAA